AUGUUUUUUCUUCUGCUACGAAAGCUAUGGAUCCGACGAAGAAGAUCAGACACAUAUCAAUCGUCCACCUCCUUAACUACGUCGAAAGAGCUUGAAUCCCAAGAGAUGAAAUCAUAUCUUUCUGAAACAGUGACCACCACACCACAACACGACGAAACAGACCAAAUCGUCAAUCAAUUAGCUGCCCUUGCAGCUACCAUGAGCAAUACAUCAUACAACAGCACCUUAUCAUCGACUGCUGCACCCAUAUUGGAACCUCAACCAGCAGCGCUGGGAUCUAAGCCAGAGCAGUUGGAGCAACCAGAGCAACCAGAAGAAGAAGAAGAAGAAGAAGAAGAAGAAGAAGAAGAAGAAGAAGAAGAAGAAGAAUCUUUCUACCAUCUUUGUAGUUUGAUAACAGUCUCUUGCUUGCCGCAGCAUAUGUCAGGCCACACAUCAACACCUUCGGCCUCAACACUAGACUCCAAGUCAGGUAAACGCAAAAGUCAAAUCUUUGACCGGAAGAGAGCGUCGUCGAUUCUGAGUUUACAUCUUGGUGAUCUACCGAGCCUGCCAUUUCCUUCAAAAGGGAAAGUCUCAUGUAGACCUCGCCCGAGGUAUAGUCCUCUUCCUCCACCAUUCGUGCAGAAAAGGACUGCUAUCCGGCCCGAGGUGCGUUUUUAG